AUGGCCGUCUUGCACCACAAGCCGUCGAGGCGUGGAGGUCAUCGUCCUCAACUCUGGAUAGACCCAAAUCCAUCUGCCGCAGAGAAAUCCCUCCCAACACCUACUUCUUCUGCAUCUGCUGACCUGGAAGCAAGUCUGGCGGCUCCUGACACCGCAACUCCGACGUCUUCCACGGAGCUCUUCUACGUAUUAUGCUUGUUUGACUACGACGCGGAAGACAGCGACCAGCUGUCCUUCCGAAGAAAUGACAUAUUGGACGUCGUCAAGAGAGAGGAUACGGGCUGGUGGGCUGCCAUCCGUUUAGACGACAACAGAGUCGGCUGGAUCCCAAGCGCAUUUGUCCGCCCUAUCUCUGACGCCUAUGCUGAAAAGCUGAAGAAGGCUGGAAACAAUGUCGCCGUCUAUCACGACGAUGCUGACAGACUCUAUGGGUCCCCAGAGCCGCUCACGGACCCCUUCGUGGUCGGUACUGAAGCAGAACACCGCGGGUAUGACUGGAUGCCAUUGGUCAAUGGGGACAAGGUUCCUAUCAUGCAGCUAGGAGCGGAACCUAGCCCUCCUGGCGUGGCUAACAUAUUCAGCCCUCUUGUUCCACCCCAUGAAGGGAUCGAUGCCAAUUUCCUCGAUGUAGAGUCAGAGCUCUCUCCGACAGAGGCUCUUCUGUCGCGCAAGGGUUCUCGUUCACGUCCGCCGCCCCUCUUGUCUCCCGUGCUCCCCUCAUUCCCUAUGCAGGUCCAGUCCCCCUCAGCCAUGGAGGGACCCACAUCUGCAACAGACCAAACGCCAUCAUCCGAACAUCAGCGUACCCGCUCUGAGUCCGCGAAACCUGUGGCCAUGCGACAUCUGCGCCGCAGGCCUCUGUUGAUCGACGACCAGUCGUCGUUGACCCGUCUGACGACUCUUUUCGAAGCGCAGAAUGUCGAGGAGCUUGACCAUCUUAUCGCGAGUCCCGUCGUUGCCGAGAGCUUCGAUGCUUUCACGCGCACGAACAAGAUGCCCGUCCCCCGUACAGAUAAGAUUCGCCAGAUCACCGGCGACGACGAGGCCCAGGCUUUCCAUGAUGCCAAACUCUCCGAGGGUAUCUGGUACUUGCGGCCAAUGUACAGUGGCGAGCACGAGAUCCAGAUCCUAUCUGACGGAAGUGUAUCGGCGGGAACGCUGCGGGCACUGGUGGAGCGGUUGACCGUAGAUUUCCCCAAACCAAUCCAAGAGACGAGGUAUCGCCAAGCCUUUUUGACGACCUACAAGUCCUUCGCUAGCGCCGAGGAGGUCCUCGACCUCCUAAUCGCGCAGUUCAGCGUCACUCAUCCCAGUACACUCACUUUCAAGGAGCUUGAGCAGUGGAAGGAGAAGAAGCUGAAGCCUACGCGUCGCCGUGUCCUGACCGUCCUCCAAGUCUGGAGCGAGCAGUUUGGACUGCUUGUCGACGACCCCCACCUCGCCCGCCGUGUCGUCGAUUUCGUUUCCUCCAUCACGUCCCCUCCUCCACUUGCUGCCAUCGCGCGCGACGUUCUCAAGUCGCUUGAACGAUAUAUAUCUGUCAUUCCUCCGACGCCUGUUUCAGCUGCCGCCAAGCGGUCUAAGAAAGGAAAGGAUGCCAAGGGAGAGCUGUUGCGCAUGGACCCGCUCUUCUUCGCGGAGCACCUGUGCAUGUAUGAGCAGCGGCAGUACUCAAAAGUCCGGCCGCAAGAGUGCAUGAGCUGGGUAAAGUCGCAGACCGGGAACGGCGUGAAGAACCUCGUGGCCUUCAAUGCGUUCCACGACAAGCUCGGCUCCUGGGUCAAGAUGAGCAUCCUGAAUAUGGAGGGACUGGGCAAGCGGGCGGAGACGAUCGACUUGUGGAUCAAGGUGGCGGAGAAAUGCAAAUCUCUCCACAACUACGCGUCUAUGCACGCCAUCGUGACCGCGCUGUCAAGCCCAGUCGUGAACCGCCUGCAUCUCACCUGGGCGCACGUCAACAAGCGGGCGCAGCUCGAGCAGCUCGCCAAGUACCACGAGGCGGCGGGCAACUUCUCCGCGUACCGCCUCUUCCAGCGGUCCGUCGAGGGUCCCUGCAUCCCUUAUAUCGGCAUGUACCUCACGGACAUGCAGCUCGCGAACGAGCAGUACCAGGACACCGUCCUCGUCUCGCCCGCGUCGUCGCCGCUGGGGACGACGGCGUCGCUCAUCCACUUCGCGAAGCGCGAGAAGUGGUGGGAGGCGAUCGACGCGAUGCUCCGCCAUCAGCACAAGCCGUACGCGUUCGCGGAGGACGCGGCGACGAUGAUGUUCAUCGACGCGAACGCGACGCUCGCCGGGGAGAAGGAUCAGAGCUCGUUCUGGGUGAAGAGCCAGGAGAUUCAGCAGGCUGAAAUGCAACACGCGGACAUCCGCAAGGGGCUCGAGCUUGCAGGGUUUUGAGCACGCUCGAUGCGUGCUGGGUAGGGUUUCGUCGUUCGUUCUUGGGAUCUAUUUAUUGGUAUUCGCUUUUUGCCGUUAUCGUUAUUGCUUCGUCGUAUAUGCUACUGCUGCUAACGGGCUGGUGCCCUGCGUCACUCAUUGUACAACUCCUCAUUCAUUACAGGCUUCCACUUGUUAUCGUUGGUUAAUCCUUGUAUGCUUUACUCACGUAAUUCCUGCGGACAGCGGAUCCCACGGUCCUUCGGUACUACAUCUUGUAAUGGUCGUCGGUCUCUCGCCUGUCAUUCUUCAGUUUGAUAAUCGAGUGUUUU